CUAUUUUUGUCCGAGGGGCGAGAAGUCGGGCCAGAGCCAUAAAAUCCCAGCUCCGGCGAAUUAUAGCCCAGUUCCAGGUUCUACAUCCGUCGACCAUUCAAUUCCAGGUUCCUCCCAUUUAUUCCUCGAAUCCGAUCGUGCGCGAGGGUUUACGGAUGCUUUGUCGACGUCGUUAAGGCGAAUUCUAGGGUUCCGUCGGUAAGUGGUGGUUCGCCGGAGGGAGGGAGGGAGGGAGAUAGGGUUCGUGGGAUCUGACAAUGCCCGCUACCGAAUACCAAGGAUCAUCGACGCCGUUCUCGUCGAUUGGCCGUUCGAUCUUGAACACACGGCGGGAGCAGGUUCACGCCAUGGACGCCGGCCACCACCACGACGCCGGUCUGGACCAGGAGCUCGACGCCUUCCAGCGCCGUGUCGCCGCCUUCUUCCACGAUCUCGGCGCCUCCACCUCGGCAGGCGAUGACCUUCUUUCCCUGGCCUGGGUCCGGAAGCUUCUGGAUACCUUCCUCGUGUGCCAGGAGGAGUUCCGCGUGGUCCUCUUCAACCACCGUGCUGCCGUCGGUCGGCCGCCGCUUGAUCGGAUGAUCGCCGACUUCUUCGACCGCGGCGUCAAGGCGCUCGACGUCUGCAACGCGAUCCGCGACGGGAUCGAGCAGCUCCGACAGUGGCGGAAGCAUUUGGAGAUCGUUCUCGUUGCGCUCGCCGACCAGAAGCAGCGGCGCGGGGCCCUCGGAGAGGGCCAGCUCCGGCGGGCCCGGAAGGCCCUCACCGACCUCACCCUCCUCAUGCUCGACGAUAAGGACGCCGCCGGCUCCAUCCUCUCCCGCUGCAACCGCUCCUUCGGCCGCAGCAGCGGCUCCUCUAGCCGCGACCACCAUCACCACCACCGCGCCUCCGGCGGCCACUUCCGCUCCCUCUCCUGGAGCGUCUCCCGGUCAUGGUCCGCCGCCCGCCAGCUACAGGCGAUUGCGAACAACCUCGCCGCCCCUCGCGGCCACGAGGUCGUGGCCACCGGCGGCCUUGCAGUCGCUAUCUUCACCAUGAGCUCGGCGCUCCUCUUCGUCAUGUGGGCACUUGUUGCUGCAAUCCCCUGCCAGGACCGUGGCCUUGGUAUCCACUUCUCCAUCCCCCGGAGCUACCCGUGGGCGGCCCCCAUCAUGUCGCUUCACGAACGGAUCGUUGAGGAGUCCAAGAAAAAGGAGCGAAAGAGUUCGAGCGGGCUAUUGAAGGAAAUCCACCAGAUUGAGAAGUGUUUUCACCACCUGACGGAAUUAAUGGAUGCAAUCCAGUUUCCAAUGAUAGAGGAGAAGGAGGCGGAGUUAAGGCUGGGGGUGGAGGAGCUGGCCCAAGUUUGCGAGUCCAUGGACGGAGGCCUGGAUCCCCUGGAACGCCAGGUGAGAGAGGUGUUCCAUAGGAUUGUACGCAGCCGAACCGAGGGUCUUGAUUGCUUGUCUCACUACCCUGAGUGAAAUCUCUAGUUGGGGGUUUCUUCAGAAUGGAAUCAAAAUGUCACCUUUCCUGUAUCUGGGUUCCAUGGGUUGUGUUUGGUUGCUCGUCAGAGGCUUAAAAUCCUGAGUGAAAUCUCUAGUUGGGGGUUCCUUCAGAAUGGAAUCAAAGUGUCGCCUUUCUUGUAUUUGGGUUCCAUGGGGUGUUUUUGGUUUCUAGGCGGAGAGGGCGGCGAUAGAAGAAGCAGCAGUGAAGACAAGUAUCAAGUAUCUCAGCUCCCAAAUAAGUUAAGCAGUUUCAGGUGAAACCUGUAUUCUCAUUUCUUUGUGAUUUACAGCCUUGAUAGUGAAGUCUUCAUGGUUUCAAAAUAUUACAGCACAACUCAGGUCUGAAAUAUUCCUUGUGUCUUAUUUGUCUUUUCUCUGGUUGAGCUCUUUUUUCUGGGAAGAAAAAAAUAUGGUCAGUUCAUUCAUUGUACCUGUCUUGCUUAUCCGUCUAUUAUCUGUGUUGUUUCCUUGUGUCUUUAAUUGCUCCCCCCUGCUUGCUGAAACAUCUUUUGCAUAUUUUAUCCGGGAACAUUAUCCACAUGAUGACAAGAUGUUCUGGACAGCUUAUGAUGAUCAUCGGUUCCAACAUCUGUAGUUAAGGGCAGUUAAUACACUUAUGGACUGAAGCUAAUCCAUCUUCUUGGUUUUGAGAUAAAUUGAGCAGCUCAUAGCCUUGUUUUCCAAAGUCUCAUAACCAAUUUCUGUGUGAAAUGAUUCAAUGCAUGAAUUGAUAAUAGUAGCUGAUUGAAACAGGAUGUCUGGCAUUUGUCAGCUUGGACUUGUUUGCAAUGUGUCAUCCAUGAAAGAUGCAUUUGUAUGCAUUCAGCACUCUUCACAUGUAUAGGUUUCUUAACAGUCUUUUGCCACCCUCAAAACUCUACUAGCGGAAGCUACUUUUAUGGAAUUAAGAAAACAAUGGAACAACAAUUACUGGAAGUUUAUUGGUCUUCUCAACAAGCAGGAGAGAAGCCUUCUUUCACCCAACCAACAUCUCUUCCUUGGUAAUUGGGUUUUUGAGCACAAAUUAUUGUUUAAUCUCUUGCAAAGGAUGGUGUGCACGGAUUGCUUUUACCGGGAUGAUUGCCGAAAGACGACACUUUUGGCACUUGAAAACUGUGUUGUUUAAUAUAUGAGCUAGUUAUCACCGUGUCCAGCGACAGGCUGGUUCUCGUGUAUUGAGAUCUGGUUGUAAAUUAUAAAACAGCUAUUGGCUAA